AUGUUGGAAGUGCAAUUGAUGCACCAGCAAAUUGUUCAGAAGGAUGUUGCUGACUAUAAGAGGGCAGCAUCACCUUGCUAUAUACUCACUGUAAGAAUCAUACGAAUGCGAAAUGUCCACCAACAAGACUUUUUAAGCGAAACUGAUUGUUACGUGACCUUGUGGUUGCCUACUGCCUCAUCUGAAAAGGUUCGGACGAAAACAGUUGCCAACUGCAAAGAUCCAGUGUGGAAUGAAACAUUCUACUUCAGGAUCCAGAGCCAGGUUAAGAAUGUCUUGGAACUGGUAGUUUGUGAUGAAGACAUUAUUUAUGAUGAUACAUAUCGUGACAUUUUUUUUGACAUUGCUGAAGUGCGUCUUGGAGAGUCAAUGUUUAAGACAUUUCAGUUGAAUCCCCAGAAACAUGAGGAACUGGAGGUUGAAUUUUCACUGGAGAAUAUAACGGGUCCUCCUGAAAUGAUCACAACAAAUGGAGCAAUAGUGUGCCGUGAACUUUGCCGCUUGGAGAUUCAGGUGGAGCAAAGGAAAAGGAAAAAGAAGAAAAAGCAUUCUAAACAACAAGAUGUUAAAUGCACACUGAAAGGAUCCUUUGAAGAAACCCAGAACCUUUCAUUGUGCUGUAGAUCCUGCUUGCACUUCACAGAUUCCACCAUCUUCCACUACGCUAAGCACAAGCAAGCAGAACUGGAGUUUCUGUUCCCUAAGAAGAGAUCACUUCCUGCCUUUGGUGCUUGCCUGUCAUGCCAGGGACAUGUGCAAAAGAACAGAAGCCUCACCUUGCCUUUAAAUUCAUUUCCGUUUGAUCAGGAUGUAAUAAAUGACGACACAGACUUUGAUUUACACUUCAAAACAAAGCAAUGCACAGCAGGCCUAGAUGUUCGCUUGAGUUUUGAUCUCUGUCCUGAAGAGCAGGAAUUUCUGCAAAAACGGAAAAAAGUUGCUGCUAAUGCUUUGAAAAGAGUUCUUCACCUUGAAGAAGAUUUGCAGGAUGAUGAGGUUCCCAUAGUGGCAAUUAUGACUACUGGUGGAGGGAUAAGAGCCUUAACAUCAAUGUAUGCCCAUAUGCUGACUAUCCAGCAGUUGGAUAUUUUGGACUGUGUUUCAUACCUCACUGGCUUAUCUGGUACAACAUGGACAAUGUCAAAGUUGUAUGAUGAUGCUAACUGGUCAAAUAAGAAUCUAGAGGAGCUAAUCACUGAUGCCCGAAAGCAUGUGAAAAAAAACAAGUUCCUUGCCUCUUUUGCCCCAGAACGUCUGAAAUAUUAUCUAAAAGAACUAAAACAGCGGCAUCAAGAUGGCUAUAGUAUAUCAUUUACUGAUCUGUGGGGGCUCAUCAUUGAAGCCAUGCUACGUGAUGGGGAAAAUCCACGUACACUCACGGAUCAGCGGCAGGCAUUAACUCAUGGCCAAAACCCCUUGCCUGUAUACCUUUGUCUUAAUGUGAAGGAGAAAUUAAGUAAUAAAGGGUUCAGAGAAUGGUUGGAAUUCACGCCAUAUGAAGUUGGAUUCCAAAAAUAUGGAGCCUACAUUCGUGCUGAGCAUUUUGGAAGUGAUUUUUUCAUGGGUCAUUUGCUUAAAAAAAUCCCUGAAUCUCGAAUCUGUUUCUUGGAAGGAAUCUGGAGUAGUGUGUUUUCCAUGAAUAUCAUGGAUGGCUGGUUACUGUCUGUUAAUUCAGAGGAUUUUUGGCAAAAAUGGACACGAGACCGAAUAACUGAUAUUGAUGACUGUGUUUUGCAUACACACAUGAAUAAACUACCCACCCGUAUGCAGAGUCCUCCAGAUAGUCUUGCCAGUAUUUUUCAAGAUAUUAUCAUGUGGCGACCAGCAGUUACACAGGUCUCAAAUUUUUUAAAAGGUUGCCCAAUGCACAACAGGUACCUGGAGAGUGAACUUGCAAAAUGGAAAGACUGUGAUCUUGACAGUUUUCCUAACCAGCUGACAGGAGCUGAAGAUCACCUAUAUUUGGUUGAUAAUGCGUUUGCCUUCGCUAGCAGCUACCCACCACUCAUGAGGCCCGAGAGGAAAGUGGAUGUCAUCAUACAUUUAAAUUACAGCUCUGGAUCACAAAUAAUGCCCUUGAAAGAAGCCUCAAAGUAUUUCUCAAAACAAGGAAUCCCAUUUCCCCAAAAUAUCCCAAAUGAAGAAGAAGAAAAGGAUGUGAAGGAGUGCUAUCUAGUUGGAGAUAAAGAAAGCCCUCAGACUCCUAUAGUGGUUCUUUUCACCUUAGUUAAUGAUACUUUCAGAGAGUACAAAGCACCAGGUGUGAAGCGUAGUCCUGAUGAGAUGGAAGAUGGUAUAAUUAAUCUUAGUACUGUUGGUCCUUACAAUAUAAAUAUUUUACGAUAUUCAGAGGAAGACUUUGACAAGCUGGUAAAACUGAGUCAGUACAACAUCAUGAAUAACAAAGACAAGAUUAUCAAGGCUUUGCGCCUAGCAGUGGAACGUAAAAAGCAACAUAAAAACAGUCUUCACUGUAGAACAGAAGACACAUUUCAAUCUGGAAGGAAAGGGAACAAAAUCUAACGUGCAACGUAGCCCAUUAAAUAAAUAUUAAAGACAGUGUUCAACUUCUUCUAUGAAAUGAAACACCUACAACAGAUUUUAGAAAAUCAGCUGGUCAUAAAGGCAAGAGUUUGAUUGACAAUUAAACAAUACAGUUUCGUUGUUGAGUGAAGCAGUCACCAAAUAAAAGAUGGACAUAGAACCAUCUGUUCAGCCUGGCUCUUUCCUGUUGACCUACCUUUCCUAGUACCCUGACCUGGAUAGCCCAGGUGAGCCUGAUCUUGUCAGAUCUCAGAAGCUAAGCAGGGUUGGCCUUGGUUAGUAAUUGGAUAGGAGACCUCCAACGAAGACCAUGGUUGCAGAGGCAGGCAAUGGCAAACCACCUCUGUUAGUCUUUCGCCAUGAAAACCUCACCAGAGGUUGCCAUAAGUCAGCUAUGACUUGAUGGCACUCUCCACCACCACCUUUCCUAGUAUAGGUUAUCAUUAAAUUUGUUUGUGAUCCUGUUUUAAUUUAUAUAGUACUCAGUGAUUUUAGGUGCUUUAUAAAUAAACUUUUUUAAAGCUUCUAGGAAGUGCUGUGAACAAGUUAUGAUAGAAACACAACAAAAAUACUGUUGUCACUUUCCACACUCAAAAUAUUUUAUGCAUUAAGAAAUAAGACCUCUCUCCUAAAAAUCUGUUUCUGAUGGAUUUGGAUUGGUUGGUUUGCUUUCUUUUUUAAAGUAUUAUUUAAUGGGUUCUGUGCAGUUUAUGUAUGCACAACAUUGCAGUAAAACUGGUGCUAUUUUUAAAACAAAAGCCGCUUGUGUUAAUUAAGCUCUGCUAAUAGAUAAUAGUGCUAAUAGUGCUUUAUAAAUAAACUUUUUAAAAGCUUCUAGGAAGUGCUGUGAACAAGUUAUGAUAGAAAUGCAACAAAAAUACUGUUGGUUAAGUGGUUGGACUACGAGUCAGCACUCUGCUUCUUCAAAUCCCACUUCUGCACAUCAGCUCAGCAGGUGGCCUUAGGUAAGGCAGCCCCAGCUCCCCAGCUGUAUUGUGGGGAUAAUAACGCUGGCUUUGUUCACCUCUCUGAGCAGGGCACUAAUCUGUCUAGAAGAGUGGUAUAUAAGUGCAAUUAUCAUCAUCAUCAUCA